AUGCUGAAUCCAAAUCCAAACUUUGACGAUGGAGGCUCCCGCCGAGCAUCGGCGCGUUCCAAUCUCGCUGAAACUGGCGAGCUGCGACGAACCUCAACAAUAAAUCCAGAACAAGGCCAGCUCCGACGAACUUCGACGAUGAAUCCGGAACAGGGCCAGCUAAGGCGUACGUCGACGAUGAAUCCAGAACAAGGAGACCUCAGGCGAACAUCAGAGAUGAGAAGAGCUUCGAUGAGUCUUGGCCUGGCGCCUGUACCUGGAGACGUGGCGAGACGAGUCUCAAAUCUAAAUCAAAUUCCUGAAAACGGAGUUGCAGAAAAUGAUGAAGCGCCGGGUUCAGUCAUUCCGAAGCGAACUUCAACAAUGAGCCAGUCUGGCGGCGUUAGAUCUAUUAAAAUACGAAGAGCUUCAGUUGCGCUGCAUUCAAUGGACGAAUGUCUUCCAGGGUCAAAUCGCUCGGAAAUCAAAAACAGAAGAGAAUCAUUCAGCGUCCUCGGAGCUGGUUCGACCGAUGAAAAUGAUGCUGCAACGAGAAGAGUCUCAAAACGAGGCUCGAUCUUUGGCAACAGCCGCAGAGAGUCAUCGAUGGGCAGUGGAAUGCCAAAAGGUCUUGAAAUGCUAGUUACUCCAGAUGUGGUUCAAUCAAUUGACGAAGACGAAAACGCAAAAGACAAGGAAAAGGCGGUCAUCAUUGAAACGAAAGAAACGCUCAUGGAAAAACAAGGACGAAAAGAUCUUCUCAAAUUAAAUUUGAUGUUCAUAUUCUUCAGCUUCAUAACGUUAUCUGGAAUAAGUGGCAUCAUAACUAUUAUCUACGCUGUUCCAGCAGAUUCGCCCUACCAAUGGCUAGUAAUCUUAUUAACCGCCUUCACCAUUCUCGGUUCCUGGGGCACUGCGUUUUGUCAAGGCUGGCAGCCACCUGCAAAAACUCUUGACAUGGAGCGAGACGAACGAAUCCAAAACUUGAAAAACAUCUUCAUGGCUAAAGAAGUCAACGACUACAACAAAUACAACAAACAAAUCAUUUACGACGACGAAGACGACGAUUGA